AUGCAACCUCUCUAACCUGGCGCCCUCUAACCUACUCUAAGCUUGUCCAAUAACACCUCUCACUGAAAAGUCAAAGGUCAGAGCUCAUUCAAUAGACUGCUAGUCCCCGUACAUCCUAAGCGUGCGGCAGCCUCCGCACACAGCCGAUCGAGGUGUCUCCGGUCGGCCGGCGUGCACCAUGGCAACAGGGAUCCUCUCCACCGUCCUGCUGGUCGCCGGCGUCACGCUGAUCGUGCUCGUCAACAUCCUCGUGGUCGUGUGGGUGCUGCGGCGGGGCUUCAUCGCGCGCCGCCUCUCCCGCGUCGGGGAGCGCGCGGAUCAGGAGGGAGGCGCCGUGGGGGGGCUUACGGAGGAAGAGGUCGGCGAGCUGCCUUGCCGCGAUUUCAAGCCGGAUCAACUGGCCGCUGGCGAAUUAGGCGGCGGCGAGUGCGCGGUGUGCCUGGAGGCGUUGAAGGACGGGGAGCGGUGCGCGGUGCUGCCGCGGUGCGGGCACGGGUUCCACGCCGACUGCGUGGGCUCGUGGCUGCGCAAGAGCCGUCUGUGCCCCGUCUGCCGCGCCGAGGUCGCCGCCGGCAGCCCGCGGAAGGAGGCCGGCGCCGUGGCUGCCCAUGACGCCGAGGCCGCCGUGGAGGUUGUCUGAUGAUCGCUGUGCUUGUUGAUCGAUAGCAUGCAUGCAGUCCCCGGAGAGUGUCAGGUGCUGCUUCGUUCUUCUUUUCUUUUUGGGUUUUCACCGUGAGUUUGUAGCUAGUGUGUAGUUUUUGUUGAUUUACAAAGAGAUCUCAUUUGUAAAUGGUAUGUUGGUAUAGAUGCUCUUGUUGCUCUCUGUCUAAAAGAAAAAUACAAAUAUUGUUACACGAACUUUGUAACUGAACAUUGUAACAGACAUCUAAAAAGAAACUUUGUAACUGAA